UUAUUUAUAUAUUCAGUAUUUAUGACCUUCCAAUUCCACCAUUAUUACCCUUCUUCUUAGAGCUAUGUCUCGAAAAAAAAUCCGCACAACUUUCCUUUUCAUUAUCACUUCAAUUUUCUUCUUUGCUACCCUUUAUCACCUUUACCUUCGUGAUUCAAUCUCCACCGUCCAAUUUAUCAACGACUAUGAUCUCCACCCUUCAUCCCCUCUCCUCCACAUCUCCACCACCCCACCCACCCCACCACCCCCACCACCAAAAAUCACCAUUACAAUCUCAACAAAAACCAACAACAACAACAACCUUAUAAUUAACGAAAACAUAUCUUCACCUAUUACACCCUUAAUCACACCCUUAAUUACACCAUUACCAAAUCAAAUUCCUUCUGUUUCAAUAUUAAUGCCUGAUCAUUGGGAAGUUUACGUUAUUGUUUCACCUGAUUAUACCCCUUUAAUAUCUCCCCACCACACGUAUAUUUGCGUAUACGGUAACGCUAACGUGUCAGCGCCGGCGAUUCCCGCCGGCGAACUACAAUUUCCGGCGAGGUCUUUAUUUAAAUGUCAGUUUCCUAAAAGAGCUCGCCGGAAAAAUCCGUUUAAACAACCUACGUUAACGAAAGUAACGGUAAAUAAUAAUGUUAUUACUACGCCGUUAGAGUUAACGGAGGAUAUGUUACGGUGGACGUUUCUUGUUUAUGAUUCUUUAACGACAGAUGAUGACGUGGUUUUGUUUGUUAAAGGGUUAAAUAAUCGUCAAGGGAUUAACCGUGAUCCUAACGAAUUUAACUGUAUUUUUGGUUAUGAGGGUAAUAUGGUAAUUAGAACUAAUGUGACAAGUUCAAUGCAAGAAGUGUUUAGAUGUAACCGCCCUGAUUUAACUGUUUUUGGGAAAGGAGAGAGAGUUAUGGUUUCGAUUGAAGUUGUACUUCCUGUUAGAGUGGUUGUACCUUCCGUCGCGUAUUAUAACGAGCCAAGGAAAUUGGGGAGUAACGAGAAGUCAGAGAGAGCUCGGCUUUGUGCUUGUACUAUGGUGUAUAAUGUUGGGAAAUUUUUGAAAGAAUGGGUUUUGUAUCAUUCGAGAAUCGGGGUUGAGAAAUUCGUGUUGUAUGAUAAUGAUAGUGAUGAUGAUUUACGACGAGUUGUCGAUGAGCUUGUUCAAGAAGGGUAUGAUGUGAAAACGUAUUUUUGGUUAUGGCCAAAAACCCAAGAAGCUGGUUUUUCACAUAGUGCUAUUUAUGCAAAGGAUUCUUGUUCUUGGAUGAUGUAUAUUGAUGUGGAUGAAUUUGUGCAUUCACCAUUAUGGUCUAAUGUAUCGCGUCCAUCGAAAUCUUUGUUACAUUCUCUGUUACCAAAUCCUAAGAAUUUACAAGAUCGGUCAUUUGUGAAGAGACAGGUUGCGGAAGUUAGCAUCCCGUGUUAUGAAUUUGGACCAUCGAAUAGGAGGUCUCAUCCGAUAACGGGAGUGACACAAGGGUACAAUUGUAGAAGAAAAAUGGAGAAUCGACAUAAGUCUAUUGUAUACUUGGAUGCUAUUGAUCACUCUUUGCUCAAUGUGAUUCAUCAUUUCAUAUUGAAGCAAGGAUACAAAGAAAAGAAAGUGAAUGUUCGUGAAAUGGCGGUGAACCAUUAUAAGUUCCAAGCUUGGCCUGAAUUUAAGGCUAAGUUUAGGAGAAGGGUGUCGGCUUAUGUUAUCGAUUGGACGAAAGAAUUAAAUCCACGCUCGAAUGAUCGAACCCCGGGAUUAGGAUUUAGUCCUGUUGAGCCUAAAGGUUGGCCAAUGAAGUUUUGUGAAGUAUAUGAUAAUGGUUUGAGAGAUUUGACAUGGAGAUGGUUUGCACGAAAGGCUCCAAUGCCAUUACGUUACCGAAUGGCUUGGCAAAGAUGACCGGUUGGCAUCUAUGCUGCAAAAUGUCGUCUCACCCGUGUGGGGUCCACCAAGAAUGCAUAACUUUGAAGGGUAUUUGGAGGAUCCGAGCAACAUAUAGGUCGGAUACUACAUGCACUCUUGGCCUAAAGGAAAAAGUCUAGAGGAUUUUGCUUUCAGAAUUAUAUUAAUCAUAUAGAUUAUGAUCCUCUGCAGACUGCACAGAGGAAAAGAUUAUCCACCAGUUGCAGAUUUACAGCCUGAAGGAGAUUGAGAAGCUUAGAGGAAACUGUUUUUGUUCUAGGCAUUAGAAUUGACUGAUGAUUUUUGUUUGUUUUCUCUUUAGUUUCUUUAUUAUUAUACCAUUAAAGGUUGUUCUUUUGAUUCUUGAUGUAUAGACAUUUCAUUGCUGUUUUAUUAAUUAGUUGCAUGCAGCCCGUGGGAUAGAUAGGAUAGGCAGAUUUCCUCAUUAAAUUUCUUUGUUUUAUUUAAUGUUUAUUCAUUAUUAAUUCUUGUUUUGUGCUAA